UUGCAUUCUGUUUGAGGUUGACCACCAAAACUGAAGUGUUAAAUGUGCAUCAGUGAGUGAAUCAUGAAACGCCCAGCAGCCUGGUCUCUUUGCAGAUGCAAUGUGCUAAAAUAGUGGUUGCUGAAUGAGUGAGGAGCAGAUGCAAAAAAAAACAAACCUAAAAACACAUGUACUAAACUUCCUCAUCUGAUCAGCCAGCUUUGACUUCUGCUUUGUUCGGAAGGGACCAUGAUGAACACCACAACAGUGGCAAACAACAGUUGUACAGUGAUGGCCGUAAAUACUACAUCACCCAAGUUGACGUUCACCGAACCAUACAGGACUGCCUUGAUCACCAUCUAUACUAUUGUGCUUCUGGUGGGCACCAUGGGCUUAACCCUCAUGAUGAACUUAUUAAAAAGCAACAUUCGCUCGAUAACCACCAUCGCCUUUCUCAACCUGAUGGUGGCACACUUUCUAUUCCUGCUCACUGUGCCGUUCAGAAUCUACUACUAUGCGUCCACAACCUGGAGACUGUCACAUGGUUUCUGUAAAGUAGUCAGUGCCAUGAUCCAUAUCCACAUGUAUAUGGUGUUUACGAUCUACACCAUCGUUCUUACCAUACGUUUCUUGCAUUUUUACAAGAAGACUCAGCGGACAGAGUUCUACCGGCGGCUACACGCGGUGUGCGCGAGUGCCCUCAUAUGGUCCGUGCUGUUGCCCACCAUUCUGCCCACCGUGCUGUCUCAUUACGGCAAGAUGGAUAAAAAAAAAUUGAACACAACAGAAAACCAGUGCUUCAUAUUUGGGGAUAUGUUACAGAUCCAUUAUAUCUAUGUUCUGAACAUGAUUGUGUCUAUCGUUAUUGUUGUUGUGUCGUGCAUUCAGACCUGCAUCCAGGCGAUCAUUCUGCGCACAAUGAUACUCAAGUACGGACCCGCCAGUCGCUCCCAGCAGGACUUUUGGGUCCAAAUGAAGAACCUCUGCUUUUUACUCAUCAUGCUUACCUGCCUGGUGCCAUAUCACCUGUUUCGGUUUCACUACCUGAAACACAAUGAAGAGCUUCAUGAGAUAAACGAAGUGUUCCUAGCCAUUACGGCUCUUACCUGUUUUGACAUGCUGACGUUCACGGGGAAAGGGUUUUGUAAGGUGUACUGCAGGACCUGAAGCUGAGGAACACUAGUCAGCCCUUUGUUAUUUGUGCAUCAAUGACGAUCAGUCAGGGUCUGCAGCGGUGAAACUCAAUAGAAGAAAGAGUUGUUCGGUGUCAUAAUAUAAGUGAAAGAGAGUAACCACGGAUGGCAAACAAAAGCUUUGUUCUUAAGGUUAGGUUUAGGGUAACUGUAACCCUAACCCUUAAAGGUGCACUCAGUAAUUUUUUCCUCAUUUAAAAAGUUUUGCUUCUACAGAAAUGAAUAGUAAUUUUGAAACAUAUGUAUAAAAUCAUGAGAUCACCUGAGAUGAAGACUCCAGUCACAUCAGUAACCUUAUAAAAGCUGUUUUGUUUUACAUGGAGAGGGUCUCCUCAUCAGGCUGUCAUGUUAGAAUCACAUGACCAGCUGAAUACUACCCAUUUAAUCUCAGUAACCGCCCUGUUGUUGGACACUUUCACUCAUGGAUUUAAUUAAUCAUGGCUGACUGUAAAUAGUACAUUUGAAUAAAUUUGCAUCCACACCCUUAGGUGUCAGUGUAAGUCCAAGAGGGCAUAUUCCAAAAAUUACUGAGCACAUCUUCAACCAUAGUUUUUGCCUAGUGGCCUAGACAUGUUGUGUACUGUAAAACAUUUCAAACAACUUAAAUUUAAGUUUAAUUGCUGACUUACAUUUUAAAGUAAAACAUUUUAGUAGUGCCAAACUUUCAACCUGCAGUGUUCAUAGCACUUAUUCAACCAUUUUGAAUUGAAUUUCCGAUGAAGAUCGAGUUAGCUGUUGGCCUACAGUAAAAUGUGAUUCAUUGGAUAACAUCUUUUUGUUCAAAUCAAAAACAGAAUAUUCCUAUAAAUGUAUUAAAACAAAGAUGUUGAUAUAACUCUGAAUGUCCCAUAUUAAUUAAUGAUGUUUGUACAGUACAGUAUUAACAAUAGUAACAAUAUUUUGGGGUCAGCCUUAUUGUCUUUCCCAUGCUUAAUAUGCUUUUGAACUAGAGUGACAAUAGACAUUGUAUUUAAAGGGUCCAUUUCAAAAUGACUCUACUGUGUCUACACAACAUUACAACCAUUUUCUUUAAAAUACAACUUUGUGUAUGUUCUUUAGGAAUGUUAGGCUUAUAUAAUGUUGCGUCGUUGCCCUAGAGAGCUUGUGUACAUGUCUCAAGAAUGGGAUUUUUAGUUUUCUAAGGAUUUUCAUUUUCCAUCAUUUUAGGGAAUAAUCUAUACACGUAAGAUCAAACGAUUAAACUAUGUUAAAUAAUUAAAAAUCUUCACUAGAAAGGAAACCAUCUGAUUUUUUGACAUCUUGGGGAUUAGGCUUGGUAAUUCUAACCCUUCUUUACAAAAACAAAAAAACAAAAAAAACAUUGCUUUGUGUAGGCCUACUGCUCUAAGCUAUGUGAGACUUGUAUUACACCACUUAUAUUGUUCCCUUUUGUUGGAUGAAUCACUUCUAUUGUUUUUCUCAUUUGUAAGUCGUUUUGGAUAAAAGCGUCUGCUAAAUGAAUAAAUGUAAAUGUAAUUGA